AUGUCACUCGCCUCGCUACCAUUGCGUCGUCUAGCAACCACCAACCCAUCCACCAAGAUCGCUGGUGCUCGAUUCACUAGCACAACCGCUGAAUCCACAGAAACCGAAAAGACACAACAACAACAACAACAAGAGGAAACCACAACCGCGAUCCCUUCUUGGAACGAUUACUUCAACCUUCGCAAAAAGCGUCGCAUGUACGAAAUGGUGGCCUGCGUUCCUAGUGCCAUUGCACCCACCAUUGGUUCUAUUGCAUACUUUUCCCAGUUGGAAAUUGAUCCAUUUACGACGUUCUUUGGUAUGGAUCCCGUGAUGGCAUCUGCCUUGGCUACUGUGGGUGCUGGUGUGGGUGGUUUCAUGGUGGGUCCUAUCAUUGGCAACGGUCUUUUCAAGGCAAUGAAUGGAAAGAUUGCUCCCGCUAUGGAUGCUCGUGACAAGGCUUUCUUUGAACGUAUCAAGGCUAACCGAGCUGAUGCACGUCUCAACUCUAUUCGUAAUCCCGUCCCUGAUUAUUAUGGUGAAAAGAUCCAAUCCGUCGCUGAUUAUCGAUCUUGGCUGAGAAAGCAACGUGAACAUUACAGAAAGGGCGUGUUUGGUGGCAAGUCGGAUGGCCUCGAAGAUGAUUAA